ACAAAUAUUAUGAAGGUUUAUCGCCUAGUCCUUGCAUUUCUUCCACUAUUCUUAUCCACAACUUCGCUUGUUUAUUGCGACAAGUCGGCACAACAAUAUUUUGAGGAAGGGAAUGAAUUCUUUGCAGACCAAAAGUACGAGGAGGCAGUGAAAAGCUUUGUUUCCGCCAUUAAUCAAAAUCCAAAUGAAUACUUAUAUUAUUUUAAACGUGCUUUAACGUACUUGGCUUUGGAAAGAAGUUCCUCUGCCCUUCAGGACUUUACUACAAUAUUAGAAUUGAAGCCCGAUUUUGACAAGGCACUGUUACAGCGUGCAAAAAUAUAUAUAAAGGAAGGGUCAUUAACCGAAGCUAAAUCCGAUUUAAAACAAUAUCUUCAAAAAAACGAACACGAUACUGAAGGUCAAAAAUCGCUUGUAUCAGUUAAUUCUGCAGAAAAAUAUAUAAAUACAGCUGAAGAGGCUUUUAAUUCUGAGAGUUAUGAUACGUGUAUAGAAAAUAUUUUCAAGGCGAUAAAAAUUUCACCACAUUCUCCACGUCUAAGGUUAAUUAGAGCACAAUGUCAUUUAUCCAAGGGAGAAGUAGAAGAGGGGCCUGAUGAUCCGGUACUUUCAAUGCGCCUUUGUUUACUCAACUAUUUUUCUCUAUAUAACCCGGAGCAAGCGCUUCAAAGUCUUAAGCAGUGCCUACGUUAUGAUCCCGAACAUAAAGCAUGUAAAACACUUCAUAGAGGUAUUAAAAAGAUUGAAAAAGAAGUGGAAAGAGUUAAUAAUGAUAUUGAGGGGCAUAGAUGGAAAUUAGCGAUAAACAAGUUGCUCGAACCAUCUACUAAAGGUCUUAUAAAUGAUGUUGAAGAUGAACUUCAGAAUUUGAAUGAAGGUCGCCAACGAAACGAAUUGUUAGUAAAAUUAUACGGGUGGACAUGUAAAGCAUACAAAGAAUUGAAAGAAGUUAAAAAAGCGUUGAAAUGGUGUGAAAAAACCUUAAAAUUAGAUGAAAAUAAUGUAGAAGCAUUGGUUAAUCGGGCAGAAGUAUUAUUGGAGGAAGAAGAUUAUGAAGCAGCAUUAAAUGAUUACAAAAAAGCUCAUGAUUUGACACAAGGACUGGACAAUCGUAUUAAACAAGGUUAUGCAAAAGCUGAUCGCUUGCUUAAACAAUCCAAAAAGAAAGAUUAUUACAAAAUUUUGGGUGUUUCAAGGAAAGCGGAUAAGAAAGAGAUCAAAAGAGCAUAUAGAAAACUGGCACAAGAAUGGCAUCCAGACAAAUACAGUGGCGAUUUAUCUCAGGAUCAAGUUGCCGUGAAAAUGAGCGCUAUAAAUGAGGCUUACGAAGUCUUGAAUGAUGAUGAAUUGCGAGCGAGAUUUGAUAAUGGCGAAGAUCCAAACGAUCCAAAUAGUGGAGGUUCACCAUUCUUCUAUUCUGACAAUAAUCCAUUUGCGCAACAAUUUGGAGGAUUUCCAUUUAGUGGAUUUCCAUUUAGCAGUGGUGGCGAAAGCAGUGAAGGACAAUAUCAUCUCGUUGGAACCAUGAAUGCUCCAGAUCGCUUUGAUUUGUUUUAUCUCCCCCCGGGUGCAAAGAAGAUGACCAUCACACCAGAUCCAAAAGUUGAAAAUGGUGCAACCUUCGAAAUCCUUAGAGAAGAUCACACAAUGGGCAAUUUGAUGCGAUACAAAAAUCCUAUAUAUUCGUUACAUUUACUCAACAGUUCAUCUCAAUUCAGUAAACUUUUAGAAGAACCACAAGUCAUAUUUGCUGGCUACAAGGUCCCACAUCCUUUGGAACAUAAUGUAAUUUUGAAAGUCCAAACUACUAAUGAUACUAAACCAGAUAUGAUGGUGGCAAAGGCAUUAAAUGAUCUUAUCACAGAAGUUGGAUACCUUAAACAAAAAUUUGUGGAAGAGCUUGGUCGUGCAAGAGCACUUGUAAUACCCAGAGAACAGAAACCGAUGGAAGAACAAACGCCAUUAGGUAUACCCUCGGCUAGAGACAAUAUUCCUAUUGGAAAUACUGGUGUGGGUGUAGAUAUGGACUUCUAA